ACAGUGCGUCCCACACGUUGUACUUCCGGAGUCACGACCCGUCCGUUCACGUGUGUUUGGUGUGAAAAUAGUCAAGAAGUUGCUGUUUUAAACCGUGAAUGAGGAACCUAAACUUGCGUUUCGAUUCUUUUUUAUCAUUAUUAUUUUCCGCCAAACAAAGAAGAACAUGUCAGCCUGGUUUUCUAAGUAAAACCUCAAUAGCUAACUGGAAAUAGUAACGAGGUAGGACCCGGGCUAGCGGCUAAGUUUCCAUCAUGGCUCUGUACAUGAAAGCUGCCGAGAUCCUUCAGAAAGCCGAGAGUAAACAGGCGGCUUUGAAAACUCUGGUUUAUGACAGUAAGUUCGGGAACAUCAAGCAGCUUUUCGCUCUGGUUUGUGAAACCCAGAAAUUUUCGUCCAUCCUGGAGGAGAUCAUCGAGUCCACCAAGCUGCUCAAGCACACCAAGCUGGGCAUGCCCCUAGCCAAGGUGCUGGUGUACGACCUGCUGAUGGGUCGGGGGCUGAAGUGCGGCGGCUCCUGGAAGGCCUUAAUGAUGAAGCAUCGCUCCAGGCUGCAGGCGGAGCUGGCUCGCAUGAAAGUGAAGCAGAAGGUCAGCAAAAACCAAGACCUACUCCCAUCCAGCAUGCAGCAGGCUGCCGGGGACCACCUGCCCAGGUAUGCGCGUGUCAACACCCUGAAGACCACCGUGGAGGAUGCUGUGGACUACCUAAAGAGGGAUGGAUUCGCCUACCUGGGACAUGCAGUCAGACUGGAUGACUUAACCCUGAAGGGGAAAGCCUUUGUGAGGGACCUGCAUCUACCAGAGGUGCUGGUUUUCUCUCCUAAAACCGACUUCCAUGAUCACUUCCUGUACAAGGCCGGCCACAUCAUCCUGCAGGACAAAGCCAGCUGCCUCCCCGCCCACCUCCUCAACCCUCCACCCGGUAGCCGUGUCAUCGAUGCCUGCGCCGCCCCUGGCAACAAGACCAGCCACUUGGCAGCAUGCAUGAAUAACAAGGGAAAGUUGUUUGCAUUUGAUUUGGAUGCCAAGAGGCUGACUACCAUGUCGACGCUCUUGCUCCGAGCUGGGGUCACCUGUCAGCAGCUGGCCAAUCAGGACUUCCUGACGGUGGACCCUGACAGCCAGCAGUAUAAAGAUGUUGAGUACAUCCUGCUGGAUCCGUCCUGCAGCGGAUCAGGUAUGGUUUGCCUCCGGGACGACGCCUCUGCUGACCCGGAGAAGGAGCGGGCUCGUCUGGCCUCGCUGGCCUCCUUCCAGCUGCGGUGCCUGAACCACGGCCUCAGGUUCCCCCGCCUGAAGCGCCUGGUCUACUCCACCUGCUCCAUCCACAGCCAGGAGAACGAAGAGGUCGUAGCUGCCUGUCUGCAGCAGAACCCCGGCUUCAGGCUGGUUCCUCUGCUGCCUCAGUGGCCCGAGCGAGGCCUGGAGCCGCUCUCACAGUGUCUGCGCGCCAGCCCAACAAAGACCCGCACACAUGGCUUCUUUGUAGCUCUGCUGGAGAAACUCAGCGAGGCUGAGAGGGCGAAGCAGGAAGCAGCCGUUCAGAUAAGCGAGGCGGAGGACAAACCUCACAGUCCCCCUGCCUCCGAGAAGAGACCUGCAGCUUCAGAAGAAGAGUCUGAAGGUUCAGAGACGGAAGACGGACCGACGCCAGCAGAGGGACAGACUGACGCUACGCCCAGCAAGGCGAAGAAGAAGAAGAGAAAGAGGAGGAAGAAGAAGAAGAAUGCGACAGCUGCCACAACAGCAGAGUGAAGUUUAUAAUGGGACUGCACUCUUCAUGUUGUCUGUAAUUUCUAAUAGAGGAAUGUAACUGUAAAGUAAAGAUGAUUUUUUACUACAAAA